UUUUGAGGUUCUGGGGUUACAAUAAACAAAAAUUUCGCCGAACCAUUAAUUUUUAGAUUGAUUGUAAAUCUUUUAGUCGUAGUCCACACCUAUUUCAAGAAAACAUUUUAUAUAUUUAAGUUAAACAUUAUCUUUUAUUUGGAUAUGCCUAAUCACCGUGAAAUUUCGCCCUUUUUAAAACUCGUGCGCGACUUUCUUUUGGGCCGUAAACAUGUUACUCACCAUCGCUACGCGGACACUGUUAGUCCUCGUAGCCAGGCAAACCCCGACAUUCCUGCAGGCGCUUUAGCUCGACUAUUCGGAAAUCAAUACUAUCUAAGGGAUGCACGCCGUCAGAUGAGGCCACCCAUUGAUUUAGUUCAGCAAAAGAUAGACGAAAUCGCAGCUAUUGCAGCCGCCGAAGCCGCUAAAGAAGCGGCAGCUGCCGAAGCGGCUGCCAAAGAAGCAGAAGCUGCAAAGAAAGCUCCUCAGGCUGGAUCGACUCCAAGACCUGCUCCGACGCCAGCGGGUCCAGCGGGGCCUGCCAAGGCUGCUCCGCCAAGUCAGCCUAAGAAACCAGAAACGAAGUCUGACAAAGAAAGCAAAGAUGGGCGGCAAAAACCAAAAAAUAAAAUUCCCACUCCGGGAAAGUUGCACCAAUGGGACUAGCACCACAGUCCACAGCGAUCAAACCUCUAAAUUAAAAGGUUCAGUCUACAAAUGAAUCAAAAUAUGUAUUUAAAAUCUGGGCGUGUUCCCAUAUUAAAGUCUACGGGUCUCAGUCACUCGCUUUU